AUUCAUAACACGUUCUGUAGCAAGUAACUGUAACGAGCGUUCUUCAAAAUGGGGAUAUUUUGGCCACACUGGGUUGAGGAGAAUGCCUUGCGACGCGAAGGGAUCAGCGCAACCAAUCAUAUUCCUUCCUCGAUUUAAGCGACGUAGACCUAAGUGGCCGACUCUUCGUGCGAGACCGCGCGUUCCCAAGGCAGAUUCACCGCCAGCCGCCAAUUUGUAGCUGACGACAUUUGGCAGCCGGACUGCCGUCUUGAGGACGUCCGACGGCCUAUGGGUCAGUCCCUCCGACCACUGACAGUGUCCAGUGCACUAGUGACACCAGAGGUCUCGCCUCACCACUCCCUAGUUGGUACAACGUACCAGCAUUAGCUAGUCGCUGGCUUCUCGUCGCUCCUUAGGUGCUUCUUAUCUUAGUAGCUGGCUUCUCUAUUGGUUCCGAAGCAUGAGGUGCUUGUAGUCGCAUCGGCACGGUUUCGCCUCUCUAAAAUAAAAUCUCGCGCUGCAUCAUAUGCUUGACAAUAGCACCAGUCACCAAGGGUUCUAGCCUCUGAAACAGCCUUUGAAAGCUUUACAAUCUUAGUACUUGCUCUCCCAUCGCUUUUUCCUAUCGUGUUUUAGAGCGAUUCUUCAACGAGCCACGUGUCAUUUUCCGAAGAGCCUUUUUCCGUCUACAGCCACGUGUCAUUCCCUGACAAGCCAUGGACGAUGAAUCUAGAAGCGUCGGCUCCACUGAGAGCUCGGGGUCUGUCGUCAGCCACGUCAGCAGCAGAAAGGGAGGCAUCGUUAUGAGGAAUCGUCUAAAGGGAAAGAAUUCGGCCGCUAGCGUGGCCCUCCCGACCUUCGGCGACUGGGCCAGCAAGCCCUCCCCCUCCUCCGCUCCAGGACAACCCCGUGCCGGCGUACCAAACGGGAGGGCUUGUAACGGGGAUGAAGAUGAAGGCUACACGGAGGUGUUCAGAAAGAAGGGCGAUGGGCGAGCAGCAGGCGGGUCUGCCUAUCCCUGCAACAACCUCGGUCCCCAGUACUCAGGGGUUAGCCAGCAGCCGUCAGGGGUUGAAUCAGUCGCGUCAGGAUACCAGCAGUACGGCCUCGGUCUCCAGUACUCAGGGGUUAGCCAGCAGCCGUCAGAGGCUGAAUCGGUUGGUUUGGGAAGCCGGCAGUACGGCCUUGGUGAUCAGUUGUCAGGGGUUAGUCGGCAGUCGUCGGGGGUAGAAUCUGUCCAAUCGGGAAGGGGGUGGUCACGUGCGGUGCAUCAGUAUGGUCAGAAGCCCCAGUAUUCAGGGGUCAGCCAGCAGACAUCAGGGGUGGGCAGGCAAGCAUCAAGGAUUAGCCGGCAAUCGUCUGGUGACAGCCUGCGGUCGGCAGGGUCUAGCCAGCAGCCGUCUGCUGCUGAAUCGCGGAGGGGAGGGGUAUCUGCGGGGCCGCAUUACGGUGUGGGGCUCCAGAUCCCAGGGAUUAGCAGGCAAUCGUCUGGUGAUAGCCUGCUGUCGUCAGGGGCGAGCCAGCACUCGUCGGGGUUGGCAAGGCGGUUGUCAGGGGAGUCGCUUUCAGGGCUGGAUGAAAGGAAUCAGCAGCAUCAGCUGCAGAAGCAGCAGCCGUCAGGGGUGAGCCAGCAGGCGUAUGGGUUGGCUAGGCGAUUGUCAGGGGAGUCGCUUCAAGGGCUGGAUGAAAAGAAUCAGCAGCAUCAGCUGCAGCAGCAUAAUCAGGAGCAACAACAGUCACUGCAGCAGCAAUACCAGCAGCAGCAGCAGUACCAACAGCAGCAGCAGCAACAGACGUCCAGCUAUCUAUGUCACCAGUCGCAGGCGCAGCAGCAGGAGCACUGGCAGCAGCAGCUGCAGCAACAACAGCAGCAGCAACAGCAACAGACCUAUCAGCAGCACAUUCAGCAGCAAAAGCUGAUGAAAUAUCAAAUGGGCCAAGGAAUGGGAGGAGAAAUGGGAGGGGGGAUGGGAGGGGGAAUGGGAGGGGGAAUGGGAGGCGGACUAGCAACCAUCCAUAGCAAUGACAGCAACUAUGAUGAUGACCAUGAUGGCUCGAGCAGCAACAUUGGUGGCAGCAUUAUCAAUAACACUGUUACAAAUGUUCCUGUUCCCAGUGAUAUGGUUACCAGUCGCAUGGCUGCAUACGUUACAACUCCAAGUGCGCACUUAGCGAAACCAGCAGGAGUAGCAGCAGGGAUGGUGGGAGCGGCAGUCCCAUCAGCAGCAGCGCCAGCAGCACCUGUAGCAACAGCAGCACCACCACUAGCACCAGCAGCAGCAGCAGCAGCACCACCACAACCACCACUAGCAGCAGCCGGAGUGGCACCACCACCAGCAGCACCAGCACCAGCAGCACCAGCAGCACCAGCAGCAGCAGCAGCAGCAGCAGCAGCAGGGAUGCCGUCGGUGCAGGAGCUUCAGCUGCUGCAGCUGCGACUGCUGGAAGACCUGCAGAGGGUGCAGCUCGCCUUGGGGAGCCAAAACGUACUCCCUCUCGCUACCACAACGCCUGAUACUGCUUCUGCUGCUGCUGUAACCGCAGCAGUUCCGGCUGCUGCUGCUGCUGCUGCACUCACAGCACCGCUGCCUAUUGCUGCUGCUCCCCUGCCUGCUGCUGCUCCUGCCCCCGCCCCUGCUCCUGCAGCUGUGUCCGGUGCUGCCGCUAGGGAGCAAGGGGGGUGGACCAAAGAGGAGGAAGUUGAGAGACGAGAGGGGCACGAGGAGGGUGGGAAGCAGGGGGAAAGGGAGCAGGAAGGGGCGGAGGCGGAGGAGGAAGAUGAGAGGCGGGAGGGGGGCGUGGAGGGCACGAAGGAGGGGAGAAGGCAGCAGGAAGCGGAGGAGGCGGAGGAGGCGGCGGAGGAGGAAGAAGAGGAGGAAGCAUUGAUGAUGGAGCAGUGGAAAGCCCAGGUGAUGAUGAUGAAUGCUUCUAUGAGCGAUGCGGAGGGAGGGGAGCAGGAGGAGAAUCUGGCACCAGCUGCACCAGCAGCACCAGCAGCACCAGGAGCACCACAUGCAGCUUUGCAGUGUUUUGAGGCACCUGAUAAUUCACCUGAUGCACCAAUGGGGGCUCGUUUCAACUACUAUGAGGCACCUGAUAAUGCACCUGGUGCAGCAAUGGGGGUUGGCUUCAGGUACUAUGAGGCACGUGAAAGAGAGCCUGCUGCUGCUAUGGUUGGUGCGUCUGGUGGGCUGGACAGUGAGUUUUCAUCAGCAGCAGCACAAGCAGCAGGUGCAAUGGAGGCGUCAGCAGCAGAGGAUCUAGAGGCAGCUCUAGCUGGCGCUGCAGCUGCAGCAGCAGGCGGUGCAGGUUUAGGGUACCCAGAGGCACGUGAAAGCGAGCCAGCUGCUGCUCUGGUUGGUGCGUCUGGUAGGGUAAACAGCAAGUUUAGAUCAGCAGCAGCCGAAGCAGCAGGUGCAAUGGAGGCGUCUGCAGCACAGGCGCUUGAGGCAGCAUUGGCAGAGGUUGUAUCUGCAGCAACAGCAUAUUCUGAUGCAUCUGCCUCUCCAGCUGCUGCUGCUGCUGCUGCUUAUGCUAAUGCUGCUGCUGCUGCUAAUGCUGCUGUUGCUAAUGCUGCUGCUGCUAACACUGCUAACACUGGUAGCGGUGGUUCGGCGCAUGCCAAGCCCAACAGGUUCGGAAAAUUAGCUUUUAUGAGAACAGGUUCGGUACCGGCAGGCUUCCGAAGCUUGUCCCAUGGGGGACCCAAAUCACCGUUCCGAAGCCUGGUAAGAGCAGGUUCGGGAAACGUAGCUGCAGGUCAAUCUGGUUCGGGAAGCCCAGCUGGACCAGGUCCAGGUAGAAUCCCCAAGCCUGCCAUGCCGAACCUAAACCCGGGGCUGAACCUCAGCCCGAACUUGACCCCGGCCCUCAAGCAAACGGAGAAUUUGGACGCUAGUGAGAAUCCGCACUUAGGCUUGGGCCUAUGGGAUGUAGAGGAGGGGGAGGGAGGAGGAUUCACUGACGUGUUUGAGAGGAAAAUGCUGGCUCGAAAAUCCAAGCCUGGCCAUAAGUUUGGGGGGCAGGGUUGGAUCGAUGAAAGGCAGAGUGCUUACAAUGAGAUGGGCGUUGGUGAGAGUGCUCAUAACGAGAAUGCUUAUGCUGAGAGAUUUAAUGGUGAGCGGCAAAGCUUCGGGUUUAGUGAAAGUGAGGGACGAGGGAGGGGGCGAGGAGGAGGAGGAGAGGUUGAGAGGGAGGAGGAACAGGAGGAGGGAAAUGAGGAGGAGGGGGGAGGAUUCACGGAAGUGUUUAGGCUGAAGAUGCUGGCUCGAAAAGCCAGGCCUGCUCUUGGUGUUGGGAGACAGGGAGGAAUUGAUGGGAGAAGCAGUGCUUAUGAUGAGAGGUCUUUUAGCGAGAGUUCGUAUGGCGAGAGUGGUUGUAAUGAGUACGCAUAUGCUGGGAGUGUGUGUGGUGGGAGACAGAGCUUUACUUGUAGUGAAGAACAGGGACGAGGGAUUGACCCACAGGACGGAUCAGGGGAGCCUGAGAGGGGGACAGCGAACGUACAUUCUGGUGCUAGGUUGGGUACUACCGGUGGGGGUUGUGAUCCUGGGGUUAUUUUGAAUGCUGAUGGCGUUGGGGGUGGUGAUUCCGGUGCAGUGUCAGCAUACAGCACCAGCAGCAUCACCAAUGAGAGCAGCAUCAGCGAUACCAUCAACAACAACGUGGCAUACCACGCUGAUGCUGCUGCUGCUGGUGAUUCCGGCGCUUGUGCUCGGGGUGCCGGGACUUCACGAUCCACUGCCUCUUCUGCGUCAGCCACCCCUCCUGCUGCUGCAGGUGCCUCUGCUCCCAGUUUUCCCCCUGCUACUCCCACACCUGCUGCUGCCUCUUUCGGGCCUCCUGGGCUUGCCUUCGGCCCUCCACCUCUUCCUGGUGCUGGUGCCCCCAGUGCUCCUCCUCUCGGCUCUGACUCUCGUGGUGCUCCUUCCGCGUUUGCUGGCCCUCCUGCGUUUGGCGCCCUCCCUUCUUUCGGCACUGCCUCGCUGCUUGGUGGUCCGCCUGCUCUUGGUCCCGGGUUCGGUGGGGGUGCUGGGUUUGGUGCCCCCCCUGCUUUAGGUGCUGCUGCUGGUUUCGGUGCUGGUUUUGGCCCCAGUUUUGGGGCUGGUUUUGGCGCUGGUAUUGGCCCUCCUGCACUUGGUUCCAAUCCCUUUGCCUCGGCUGCUGCAAACAUCGCUGCCGUGGCUUCUGGUCUACCCCCUCCCAGACAUGCCCCCCCUCCUGCUUCUCACCUUGCUGCCCUCCCUCCCGCCUCUCCUACUGAUGCCGCUGCUGAUGCUGCAGCUGCCGCUGCUGCAGCAGCCGCUCUUGCUGGUGGCAAACCCGGUGGCAGGGGUUGCCCUGCUAAUGCCAAAGGUGGUGCUGCUGCGAACGGUGGGGGAUUUGGUGAGAAUGGUCGGGCACAUGGCGGGAAUGGUGCAGAAGGGGUGAAUUGGGGGGGGCAGGCUGGACCUGGGGGGGGUCGUGCUGGGGGAGGGAAGGCCAGCGCAGCAGAGAGGAUAAUUGGAGCAGCAAAACGGCUGGGAGGGAGAGCAGGGGACAUAGCGGCAGGAGGAGGAGGAGGGGGAGGAACGGCGGCAGGGGCCUAUGGAAAAGAGAAGAACACUUCUGGCUUUAUGAACAAGCUAUGGAAGAGAUAGCACCUACAGAUAGUUGACUCCAUAUACGGCGCUAUUUGCUGACGUCAUUCUACGAAUGCUAGGUACAGCUCAACAAUAUCUAUUGGAACUACUUACAGAAAUGCUGAAGUACAAUUUUAUCACAACAAAUUUGA